GUAACAUCGGCCUACAGCCCAUCCAUUCGCCUCGUCAUUCACACAGUCCUUCCUCUCUCCGACGGACCCGAGGACCCCGUCGCGGUUCUAGUCUGCCAACCUCCGGCGAGCGAACCGGCGAAGACUAACGCGACGCAGCGAGGACGCACCCCACCUGCUCGACGGAAUGCUCCCCUAGGAAGCAGCUCAAGAACAGCGAAGCACCGUCCGCGGCGGAGAUGGACGACGUCCUUCCCAUCGUCAUCUCGUUCCUGCCGGCGCACGAGGCGGUGCGGACGUGCGUGCUCUCCCCACGCUGGCGCCACUUUUGGACAUCUGCGCCCGGUCUCCGCAUCACCGCCGUCGGGGACUUCGGGAGCGCCGAUAAGUUCAAUCAGUUCGUAGACCGCCUGCUCUUCCUCCGUCGCCACUCAGACUGCCCACUGGAGUCAUGUGAGUUCGAUCUGGACGACAGGGAGUUCGGUUUCAACUCCAUCUCGUCCUUUCAGCAUGUGUAUCGCUGGAGCCUGCAGUCUGCUUUAGACUGCAAUGUCCGGGUCCUUCGGUGCAGUUUCACGGACACCAACCCCAACUUCCGCAUGCUUCCCGAGCAACUAUCUGAAUAUCCAGAGCCUCUACUCUCCCAGCACCUCACUAGGCUAGAGCUCCAUUGCAUCCGCUGCGCUCUUGAUUUCUCGGGCUGUCCAGUGCUAGUGGACCUUAAGAUGGAGCAGUGCGUCACACAUGCUGCUGAAAUGUUGUCUCCAUCCUUGCGACAGCUGAGUAUGGUCUGCUGUGAACUCUCCAUGUGGCAUCGUACUCAAGUAACCUUACCGAAUCUUGUUCGCUUGGAAUUAAUUAAUUGUGCUGGUAGACUUCCAUUACUUGAAAGCUUGCCAUCAUUGGAAACGGCGGUUGUUGAUCUUGGGGAGUUUUCUGAGGAUCGGUGUCCUGUGUCAGGCUGUCUUGAUGAUGAUCCAUGCUUUGGUUGUCAUUUUCAUUUUGAGUUCAUUGCUCAACGCGGAAGUAGCUACUUCUUCCAGGGUUUGUCUCGAGCCAAACACCUAGAGUUGUUAGCUUCCUAUAAUGAUGCGUUCAUUUUUCAAAGAGAUUUGAAGUGCCGCCCGACAUUUCCCAUGUUAAAGACUUUGAUACUCAACGACUGGUGUUUGCAUGCUGACCUCAGUGCUGUGAUUCAUUUUAUCCAACACUCGCCAAAUCUUGAGAAGGUUACUCUUAAAUUUGCUGAGGAAUUUGAUUCUUCAAUGGUGACAGAAGGAGAUAACAAUUUGUUGGAAGGAACAUUUUCAUCUGACCAUCUUAAAAUGGUUGAAAUCAAAUGUUUAAAGGUUGAUGGAAGAAUUAACAAAAUUCUCAAGAUCCUGAGUGCUUGUGGCAUAUCACUGGAAAAAGUCAAUAUCCGACAAGCCAAUACAAGUUCCUGACCUGGAUGUUUCGGUUAUGCUUGUAAUGUUCUGAAAGGAAACAGAGCUGCGAAGAUUUGUCUUCCAAGAGAGGAAAUUGAGAAGAUUUGCACUGUUCAUGGAUUUACGAUGAAUGCUGGCUGUCCUGUUUGGAAACCUCAAUGAGUGAACUCUCCUUCUUUCCAAACGCAUGUUGCAAUGUGAGCUUCCAUUGUUGUUGCUUGCCUGUGAUGUAUUCCUGAUGAAUGUUGACUGUCCAGAAACGCAUGUUGCUAUUUUGGGGUCUUAUGAUGGCUUGUGUCCAACUGUGUGAGCUGCCAAAGAGAACUCGUCUUCGUAGUGAUGAACGUUCUAACACCGUUUCCUUGUUGGGGCUUGCUUGGCUGUGAUGGAUCAUGGAACAUGCUUUGGAGCUUGCUUUCUUUA